AUGUUUAGAUUCCAUCGCAUACCUAAAUAUUUCCUUUCUCUCCAUGAGUAUCAAACAGCUGAGUUUUUCAAGUCUUUUCAACUCCCAAUUCCUCCUGGAAGAAUUUGUAAGACCCCAGAUGAAGCCUAUAAGUCAGCCUAAAAAAUCAUAUAAGAGGGAUCAGAAAGAAACUCAUUCACAGAUGUGGUUGUAAAGGCUUAAUGUCAUACUGGUGGUAGAGGAAAAGGAUACUUUAAAGAGAAUGGAUUUAAUAGUGGAAUACAUAUAGCCUCAACUCCUGAUGAUGUAAAAGAAUAUGCUAGUAAAAUGUUGGGAAACACAUUAAUAACAAAACAAACUGGAAGUUUAGGAAAGAAGUGCGAAAUGGUUUAUGUCGUAGAAAGAAACUUUUUAAGGAAAGAAUUGUAUUUAUCAAUUCUCCUGGACAGAAACACAGGAGGAUUGGGAAUUGUAGCCUCCGAAAAGGGAGGUAUACAUAUUGAAGAGAGUGAUCCCAAUUAUAUUAAGAAAUUCUCAAUUGAAAUGCCAAGCAAUGUAGAUGACAUUGAUUUUUCAAUUUAUGAAAAGGUUUCAAAAGUGUAUAAAUUGAAUCCAAUUUAACAUAAUUAGAUGAAAGAUAUUUUAAAGAAGAUGUUCGAUAUCUUUUUAUAAACUGAUGCGACAUUGUUAGAAAUUAAUCCACUAGGAAUUGAUUUGUAGGGAAAUUUGAUUAUUUGUGAUCAAAAACUUAAUAUUGAUGAUAACUCUCAAUUUAGAUAACAUGCCAUCUUUCAUAUGGAAGAUGUAAGAUAAAAAGAUUGGAAAGAAGUAGAAGCAUAAAAACAUGGAUUAAAUUAUAUUGCUCUAGAUGGAAACAUAGGUUGUAUGGUUAAUGGAGCAGGAUUGGCUAUGGCUACAAUGGAUUUAAUCAAGUAGUAUGAUGGAUCACCUGCUAAUUUCUUGGAUGUUGGAGGAAAAGCCACUGAUUAAGAAAUUGUAUCUGCACUCAAAAUUAUGGAUAAAGAUCCAAAUGUUGAAGCCAUUCUUGUCAAUAUAUUUGCUGGUAUAGCCAGAUGUGAUUAAAUAGUCUUGGGACUAUUAAAAGGUUUGACAGUUUUGGGAAUGAAGAAACCAAUGGUUUUGAGAAUGAAGGGAACAAAAAUAGAUGAGGCAAAGAAAUUGAUAGAGGAGUCAGGAUUCAACAUGAUGUUUACUGAAGAUUUAGAUGAGGCAGCGAAGAAGGCAGUUAGAAUGGCAGCAAUUUUAAGAUUAGCUAAAGAGGCAAAUAUAAAUGUAAAUUUAACAAGUUGAUAUAAUUUCAUUUUGAUCUAUACAUUAUU